GGCUAUUAGUCCAUAUAUGUCCCUAAUGCUAUAAAAGUGAUUCAAGUUUUUCCUUCCUCCAUUAAGUCCAUCCUUUUUAGCCACAUGGCAUUCCAACUCACUCCACCAACCCUUCUUCUUACACCACCACGUAAUCGUAUUUACUAUCACCACUAUCAUAAAUCAUCUAUCCAUCAUCAAUUUUCUUUAAAAAUAGAAAUUAACAAAAUAGAUUAACUUUUGAAAACAACCCUCAUUCAUCUUGACCAAGAAAUACUUUCCCCUAAAAAAUAAUUGAUCCACUCUCAAAGAGUGCAUGCAUGGGGAUUACUUUUUCAAGGUUUAAGAAUCUACCAAACACAUCUAAGUUAAGGAAGACACGAGGAGGGUGUCUAAAAUGGUGACAAUCUUACCAUCUUUUUCCUUACUUGGAAAAUGGAAGACAAGGGAAAUUAUCAUUAUAUAAAAUGUUCCCCCAAAAAUAUCAAUAGAGUUUGACCGUUCAAAGAUGAGGAAAAAAAUAAUGCAAGAGUAGGCCUAUGUACAAAACAGUUGGCAGUCAUACGUGAGCUGCUCAAAGAAAGUCUACUACGUGAACUCCUCUCCUUAAUUUGACUUUGUUGAAACUACACCUCACCUUUAAGCCGUUCGAUCACGUGGCUUUCAUAUAUCUAACGGUGCAAACAUUUUGUAUUAUGACAUGAUAUAUUCCUUUUUGGGAGGGGUUGAAAAAUAAAAGAAAAGAAAAGAAUAGAAGAGAGAAAAAUGAAUAAAAGAUUCUCUCAACACUAAAUUAUUUUUCCUCUAAAUAUCUUGAGAUCAUCAUUCAUUCCAUGACCGGGUCUUUUGGUCUCCCCUUUUACACCACAAACACCAAACCAACACAAAAAAAGAAAGAAAAAACAACAAUUUUAGUUUAAUCAAACAGAAAAACAUAGAAAAGUAGAAGAAAGGUGUUGAAAAAAUUCCCUUUGCAUACAUUCAUCAUUACUAUUAUUAUUUUUUAUGUCUUUUACCCCCCAAAAGUGCUAAUUAUUUCUUUUUUUUUCUCCCUCUCUUAUCAUUUUUCACAUAUCAUUUCUCUGCUUCCUCUCUCUCUCUCAUGCAAUCAUUCCAUUUCCACCUAUCCACAACCAGAAAGAGAGAGAGAGAAACACAAAAAACAAAAAAAGAAAUAUUGUUUUUUAAAGCCAAGCACUCCAGGAGAUUAUCCCUAUAGAUAUACAGAGAUUAUGACAAUUAUUAUGAACUCUUCUCCUGGGGGGCACUAACCAUUUUUCGCACAAACAAUCUCAUUUCUUUACACAUCUUUAAAUGUAACAUCUUCUUUUUGUUAGAUGGGUCCUUAAUUCAUUUUCUUGGUGAGUUAUCUGUUUUUUACUUGGCCUACAAGUUUUGUGUCUUACAUAAGAAGCUCCUUAUAAUUUCAAGACUCAUUGCAUGUUGUGCCACAUUUCUUGAUCACCAUCUUCUAUAAAAAUAAACCAAGAAAUCAUAGAAAGAUAUCUCAUCAACUAUCCAAAAUGGGAGACAUUUCUCCUGAAAAGAAAACAGGUUGUGGCCUGUUGAAUGCUGUUUUUGGAAGGAGAAACAUUUGGACAAAAAGAUCAACAUCCACAGGCUCACUUCCUACACAAAAUUCCAACAAUGUUAACAAUAUAACGCGAUCUUCCAGCACUCAACAUUCUAAAAAGCAUCGUAAUGGCUCCAACGAGUCUUUUUUAGACUCCCGUGAAAACCAAUCAGAGAAACAAGUUGACAGGAUCAUUCCAAGGCCUAAUCCGAACCAAUCCAAGGCCGCGGUAGCAGCAAAUAAAGCUAAUUCACAAGGUGUACCGGUUCAUAAUCAGCAGAAAAAUAAUGGUCAAGGGGUACAAGGGUAUAAUAAUAAUAAUCAAGGAAGAAAAGUACCUCCAGCCGCAACAGGGUUAUCAGGGGAGCUUGAAAACAUGAUCCAAGAUCAUCAAAGAUCAAAGGGUGCUAAUACAUUAGUCCGUGCUUCGUCUAGCAACGUGAUGUUGUUUGGUAAUUUGGGUAACAUUAGGCAGCAAGGCGGAGGCAACAGUACUGGUCCGACAACAACUUCAACAGCUAAUCAUGUUCUAGAUUAUUUACCAAGAACCGCUAAAGAAGAACCACCACCACCACCACCACCAUCACAACCAUCUCAGAAUGGGAAAUAUCCAACAAGCGUUAUGGGAAAUAUAGUGCAGGGGAAAACAGGGGGUUCUGUUUCCCUAUGCCGUGCUCUGUCCACAAGAAUGGACCCUGAACAAUUGAAGAUUCUGGGAAAUGAGGAUUACAAGAAUGGAAGAUUUGCUGAGGCUUUGUCUUUGUAUGAUGCUGCAAUUUCAAUUGAUCCGAAUAAGGCUUCUUAUCGAAGCAACAAAUCCGCUGCUUUGACCGCUUUAGGAAGGCUCCUUGAAGCUGCUUUUGAGUGCAGAGAAGCUAUCACAAUUGAUCCUCAUUAUCAGAGAGCUCAUAAUCGUUUGGCCACCCUAUCUGUCAGAUUAGGAGAUACCGAGAAGGCUAUGUACCAUUACAAACAAGCAGGAUCAGAAGGUGAUCCUGAUGUUGUGUCAAAGACUAAAAAUAUUCAAAUUCAUCUCAACAAGUGUACUGAGGCCAAGAGGCAAAGAGAUUGGAACACUCUUCUUAAAGAAUCCACCCUCGCCAUAUCCGCUGGUGCUGAUUCUGCACCCCAGAUAUUUGCUUUGAAAGCUGAGGCGUUGGUGAAGCUCCAUAGAUACCAUGAAGCAGAUCAAACUCUGAAGAAUGGUCCGAAUUUUGAUAUCGAUGAAUGUAUAAAGUUCUUUGGCCCUAUUGGCAAUGCAGGCUUGCUAGUCAUUCAAUCUCAAGUUGCCAUGGCUGCUGGCAGGAUCGACGAUGCCCUAGCAGCGGCUCAACGAGCAGCGCAGCUAGACGGGAACAACAAGGAAGUGACCAUGGUGGUUAGGAGGGCAAGGGCAGUAGCAAGUGCUAGAACAAAGGGCAAUGAGCUCUUCAAAGGUGGAAAAUAUGCAGAUGCUAGUGUUGCAUAUGGUGAAGGACUGGACCAUGAUCCACACAAUUCGGUCUUAUUGUGCAAUCGAGCAGCUUGCAGGUCAAAACUUGGCCAAUUUGAGAAAGCACUUGAGGAUUGCAACACUGCCCUUAAUGUUCGACCAUCUUUUACCAAGGCUAGGUUGAGGAAGGCUGAUUGUUAUUUUAAGAUGGGAAAAUGGGAAGCAUGCAUACAAGAGUGUGAAACGUUGAUGAAGGAGUCACCAGAAAAUGAGGAUGUGGGACAGAUGAUUAAGGAUUGCCAACAACACCUCAAAAAAUGAGGAAUUAGCCAAAGACGUGAAGAGCAUGAACAUCACCAAUAAUGACAUAUAUGGUUGUCAUUAAUUUGUCAAUCUCCAUAACAAAUAUAUUUGAAUGGUAUCAACACUUGUUUGUUCAAUUCCAAUCCCUCCAUAAAAGAAAAAGAAAAA